AUGGGCAACGACAUUGGCCCCGACUUCCCCUUCAAACCUACGCCCCCAGCUGUGCUGUCCAGCUUCAAGGUCGAGAAGCCCGAGUAUCACCCUGGAGUCAAGAUCACAUCGUCCCCUGCGAUCCACAACCCUCCCCUCCCCGCCGACGGCCCCGGCAAUCGAAACUUCUCCAACAAGCUCUUGAUAUUCUUGCUUCUAGCAGCACCAAACUACCUUGCCUGGAAGCUCGGUGGUGGGCUCAAGACAAAGCUCUUCUUCGCUGCUCUAACGACCGUCCCCGUCCUCAUCGUUUUCUGGUUCAUUGCCUCGUCCAUAUCACCGCCCGUCAAUGAGCGAGUCCGAUGCCCAGGGCUCCCCGUGGAGCACUAUCUGACAUUUCACAAGCCGGCAGACCGCGCCAAGUACCAGGGCCCCCAUAAGGUGCCGAUGGAAACAUUUAUGCGCAAGUACUUUGAUGGCGAAGCCGACUUCAACGGAGACGCUCUCGAAGUGCUCGAAUACCGCCACGACUGGGCGUCUUUCCGAUUCACGUGGGAGCUGUUCAGGUACAUCUUGGUCAAUUUCGCUUCCGAUGUUCUGACCCACAGCCGAUCCCAGGAUGAGAGCCAAGUUCGGGACCACUAUGACCGGGGUGAUGACUUUUAUGCUUGGUUUCUGGGCCCACGCAUGGUGUACACGGCCGGCAUAAUCUCAGAUGUGGACAAGGAAGAGUCUCUCGAGCAGCUACAAGACAACAAAUUAGCGAUUGUCUGCGAGAAGAUCGCCCUCAAGCCUGGCGAGAGCCUCCUCGAUAUUGGCUGCGGAUGGGGCACCCUGGCCAAAUUCGCCAGCGUCAACUACGAGGCCAAUGUCACCGGUAUCACCCUCGGUCGCAACCAGACGGCCUGGGGCAACGAGACGCUCCGGAGAGCUGGUGUACCCGACUCACAGAGCAACAUCUUCUGUAUGGACUACCGCGACAUCCCCGAGGGCAAAUACGACAAGAUCACAUGCCUGGAAAUGGCUGAGCAUGUCGGCAUCUUCAAGAUCACCAAUUUCCUCCGCCAAUGCUACGACUUACUCGAGGACGAUGGUGUCAUGUUCCUGCAGAUUGCCGGCAUCAGGCAAUCGUGGCAGUACGAAGACCUAGUCUGGGGCCUUUUUAUGAACCGCUACGUCUUCCCUGGUGCAGAUGCCUCGACCCCCCUUGCAUACUACGUCGCCUUCUGUGAACACGCCGGGUGGGAGGUCAAGGGCAUCGACACCAUCGGCGUUCAUUAUUCUGCCACGCUCUGGCGCUGGUACAGAAAUUGGCUCAACAACGAGGACGAGGUCACCGCCAAGUAUGGCGUGAGGUUGUUCAAGAUCUGGAAGUACUUCCUCGCGACCGCCACAAUUUCCUCUCGCCAGGGCUCUGCCACGUGUUACCAGAUCACCCUGGUCAAGAACCUCAACAGCGUUCACCGCAUCGACGGCGUCCCCACGCAGUACUCGCUGCCGGGUGCCCUCGAGGCCAGCAGAAAGGCCGGCAGGGCGACUUUCCCUGAGGACAAAAAGUUGAAUUGA